AUGGGGCGAGAAGAUCAAAUCGAAGAGCGCGAAGUGCUCGAAUCUAUUUUCCCGGAUGAAAUCACAGAUAUCUCUGAAACGGAGUUUAGAGUAUCAGUUGCGUUAGACAUUCCAGGCGAAGAAGAUCAAGAUCCUCCUACCAUACUUCUCCAAGUGAGAUAUCCAGAAGAUUAUCCCGAAAAGCCGCCUCAUCUCGACAUCCUCGCUCCUCCAAAUGCCACACCCCACGAACACUUCAACAUUGCAGAAGACCGCGACCAGCUCCUUGCCAGUCUCGACGAUACCAUUCAAGAAAACCUCGGAAUGGCCAUGGUCUUUGCAAUUGUAUCAACAUUAAAGGACAAUGCUGAGCAGCUUGUCCAAGAGCGCAAGGACGUCAUCACAAAGGCCCAUGAGGAAGCUGCGCUGGCUGCUGAGGCAGAGGAGAACAAGAAAUUUCACGGCACAGCUGUUACACCCGAGACAUUUUUGAAGUGGCGGGAGGGUUUCUUGAAAGAGAUGGAGGAGAAGAGGCAGCAGGAGGAAGAGGAGCGUCUCGCUGAGCUGAAGAAGGCGAAGACCAAGGAGCCCGCUCGCAUGACUGGUAGACAGCUCUGGGAGAGGGGUCUUGCUGGUAAGGGUGAAGAGGAAGAGGACGACAUGCCUGUCGAGGGUAUCGAGAAACUUCAAGUUGAGGCCGCAUAA